AUUGAAAAUUAUAACAAUUAUAAAAAUAAAGAUUGACAGAUAUUAAAAAUUAUAGUAAUAAUUAUUUAAAAAAGAUCUUUAUCUAACUAUGCUUCUGUACAUCAAAUUUUGUCAUCCUAGUCUGUAGAAUCACAUAAACAAACAGAUUCUAAUCAGUAUUUAUUUUGACUUUCAAUAAUCCCCGAUAUGUAUCUCCAUAAACAUACUCUUCAAUCGUGUCGAGUACCAAAGUGCGCUUUUACCAGUUUUAGGAGCCAAAACCUUGCUACAUUUUUAUUUCCAAAACGUCUAGUCUCAAUAGCAGAUGCAACGCGUCUUAUCGUUCACAUUAUCACCGAUAAGCGAUCGGUCAUUAUCAGACGAUAAGAGUAAAAGCGGGGAAUCGCUCGUCGAUCACGCGAGAACAAUAUACCGAAUUCCACCUGUUGGUCGACUGCUUAAAUCCCCCGAAAACACGGACGACGGUGAGAGCUUGAAACAAUAUCUUUGUGUGGUGACCCUCCUCGCUGAUCGAUCCGCGUAAAUUUGUUGAGACGUGGAAAUUAAUUACUUGGGCAAACUGACCGUAUUCGCGAAAAGAAUCGCUGGUACAAUGUGAAAUGUUAAUGGCAAUUCGAAAGGCGCGGAAAAAUGAACGUUAGUGCUCUCAAUCGUGAUACAUUUGGAACACCGACCGAUAAUUAUUCAGAAAGCAACAGUGCAGGCAAUGAAGUCAUAGAGAUGCAGCGGAACGAAUCACAGUCGUUGCCUCCCGUUUUUUCGCAUCCCACUGUUAUCACGGCGCAACCGGGAGAAGUUCAACAUCCAAGGAGACCAAUCCCUGUGAACACUCAGGACUGGGUAUCGACUACGAGGACGCAGAUAAAUGCACUCUCAGGAAGCCACUUUCUGGGAAACGUGGAACAAUUGGAAAUACAACAAAUCGUCGACUUGAGUACAUUACUUGGCAGAGCAGAUAAAGGAUUGCAGUACAGAAUCAAAGUACCGCAGGCUGAAACGCUGUUCCUAGCAAUGACAACGAAACCUGAAACUCAAUCGAGUUAUCCAAAAUGGAUCCGUGAUCACUGUAAGUUCAACGUCUUGGACCGAUGUGGUGAAUUAUCAUUUGUUAUGGAUAUAAAUUCUCGAUGGAGUCGCAUGCUUAGUAAGCUACGAAAGGUCACAGUAGUCAGCGCAAAUGUGAUCGGUACAGUAGAAGAAAAUUUCAGUAUACUCGGUCCAAGCUUCACGGUUUACGACGAGUCGAGAAAAGAACUUUGCAACAUAUACGGACCGAACGUUUGUGGUUGCUGCAUGUACGAAGAAGCGCAAUUCCAAGUAAUCUCUAUUGACGGUACUCAUCAAAUUGCAUCUCUGAUGCAUCAAUGGAACAACAAUAUUCAUGAUUAUACUCUAUUAGUUACGUUCCCUGCAGACACGAAUGUAAAAUUGAAAAGUUUGCUUCUGGCUGCAGCAUUUCUAAUGGAUUACAUGUAUUUUGUAAGAAGACCAUGAGUCUGAAGAAAACGAACCGUAUCUCGUCGAGGCGCAAUAAAAGAUUGAAGAAGAACGCUAC